AUGUCCUUUCGCAAGAGGAAUAUAGGCUUGUCAACAGGCGCCGAUCGUACGCCUGCCGCUACUUCAGCAUCGCAGCCGCAACCAGAACGAGCCGUCUCAUCGCCUACCGCAACGCCUGGCGUGCGUCCGUCCCCCGACGACGGACGGCCAACUACCUCAACCGGCUCUCCCUCGCUUGACAACCUUCUGGCAGGUCACGGUGGACUUCCUAUUGGCAAAACUCUUCUAAUAGAGGAAAAUGGAACUACGGAUUUUGCAGGCGCAUUGCUUCGGUAUUAUUCGGCUGAAGGUGUUGUGCAAGACCAGAAAGUUCACGUCAUUGGGAUGCCCCAACAAUGGGGUCGAACACUUCCCGGCUUGAUUGGGCCUGCAGAAGCUGCCGAUGAAAAAUCAGAUAAGCGGAAAGGCGAGCGCAUGAAGAUUGCGUGGAGGUAUGAGCGUCUUGGAGAGUUUGGAGCGGGAGUUGCUGGUGCAAGAGCCCCCGCAGUGACUUUGGGCGAUUCGAGUCCAUCGUCUAUGGACGAUAGCUUAGCGAAACCAGCAUUUUGUCAUGCGUUCGACCUCACUAAGCGCCUCACGCAUCCCUCCAUAGGCAACAUCACAUAUAUACCCAUCGUGCCAACGAACGAGCCCUUGCUUGUCUCGAUCCAGAAGAAACUCCAAGCUAUCAUCGCAUCCAGUCCUCCGCAUAUAACCCACCGCAUCGUUAUCCCUUCCUUCCUCAACCCCACGUUAUACCCACCAGAAGUCGGCCAGCCUGAAAAUGUGCUGCCGUUUCUCCACUCUCUGAGGGCUCUAGCGAGCUCGCCGACGUCUCGCGUAACCGCCAUGAUGACCAUCCCACUUUCCCUCUUCCCGCGAUCUUCUGGUCUUGUUCGAUGGAUGGAAAUACUAAGCGAUGGCGUUAUCGAGCUCUGUCCUUUCCCGCAUUCAUCAGAUGCCCUCUCGACAUCCGGAGCUGCCACAUCUCACGAGGAACCUCCGCAGGGAAUGCUUAAGACGCAUAAGCUUCCGGUCUUGCACGAACGUGGCGGCGGGAGCGAUCAAAAUAUUGGACAGGACUGGGCGUUUACCCUCAGCAGGCGCAAGUUCGAAAUCAAACCGUUCAGCUUACCACCCGCCGACGGGGACCAAGAAGCGCAGAGCCAGGCACGGUCAGAUAAGAUGCCUAAGAAGGAGGACCUCGAGUUCUAG